AUGGGCCAGCCAAAAGACCUGAAGCUUGCACGGCUUCCUCCGCGUCUGGACACGUUCACAGACAUACAAGCCCCGAGUGUCAAGAAAGAGCGAGUCAAUGGCAAGGACAAAUACAAGUUGACCCCCGCAAGGCCUGGCGUCAUUACCAUCUUCUCCGAUGGUGAGAACGAGAGACCUUGCUCCCCUAGGCCGCAAGCUGUCAAGCGCGAACGCUCGCGUGUCCCGCUCCGUGCCAUUGAACAGGACCGUCAGUCUAGCCAGCCUCGCAUCAAGCAAGAGCCUUCGGGUGAUCAAUCUGGACCACAGCGACUUCACGGGCAGACGAGACAUGCUGCUGUUGCCUCUGAUACAAGACGAGCUCGGGUUGAUGAGCAGUUACGUCGGCGACAGUCUCAGCAAAGAUCGCAUCCUCCAAGCGACUCAUCUUCAUCCUCGGACUCUUCGGGAUCUGAUAGCUCAGACUCGUCGGAAUCUGAAGACGGGUCCGAUUCGUGUUCGGACUCGAGCUCAAGCGAGGACUCAUCAUCUGAUGAUGAUGCAAGCGCCAGCGUGUAUCAACCAACUACGCCUGCUUCCAGCAUAGGAUCAAGCCCACUCAGGACACGGGGUAAGGAGACUGGCGUCCAACGAGCUUCUGUCAACCUGGUGGGUGCGUCUCCGUCUCGGCGCUCACUGCAGAACGCACCGUCAAUUGGAUCCGGGCACGCACCAUUGGACUUCUUCAUUGACCUACCUGCGAAUUCCUUGCGGGGAGCCUCGGCCCUCCCUGGCCCGUCAAGAUCUCACAUCUCGGCGACGGUAGAGCCAACUGGUGCUCAGGCCGAGCGUACCGCUCAUUCCACUCACCACCGACCCAGCAAUAGUUCGCCCGUCGUCCUGGGGUUCAUGCCCAUCAAUCGUGCAUCUCCGCCGCCCCGAAAUGCCCCCACAGAACCGCGAGCCAUGCGAAUUGCCGAGACUCAUCCCGCCAGUGCGCCGGUUGAUUCCACACGGAAGCACAGUGAGUCCGUGAGUAAGUCAGUGCCAGGACCCUCGUCGCUGCCUCUCCGUGGCCCUCGAUUUGCCAAAGACACCUCCCAGCAGAAAGGUGAGCAAAGACGUGGGCCAGCACGAUCCGGUCGCAUCAUGCAAAGCGUUGAGCAGCCGCCCGUAGAGUCAAUCAGCAUCAGCAACCCACCAGCGAAUGAAUUGUCUCGCCGUGGGUCGAGGGUGGUAACCCCUGGCCCAUCUACCCGCCGGACUGCGCCUCCACCUGCGUCUCCUGGAAUUUUUGUGACGCCGCGAGCUGUGUCCGUAAGAAUAGCUCCAUCUGUUGGAACUCAUGGUCCUUCGCAAAGUGCGUUGCGUGGACAAGGGAAGAGGACCUUCGACGAGGCUGCGGGUGCAGACUCAGGGUCCAAGGCUGCGGAGUGGGAGAGGAUGCUGGCGAGAAUUCAGAACCACGAAAAAGAAAUGGAGCAGCAAAGGGCCCUGCUGGAAGAUACGAAGCGGCUGCUUGCCGAGCAGAAGUCACGGAUCGAUGAUCUCGAGCAGCGACGACGGCAGCCUGAGGAGUUUGUACGAGAUUCUGCACCACAGGCCGUCGAAGAGCCAGCUGUUGAUAGCCCUCUUCCGAAUGUUGCCCAUCAAGAUUCCCCCCCUGCGCCCGUUCCUUGCCGCCAAUCCGAGAGAAGAGAGGAACGGCAGCGGCAAGAUACCUGUCAGUCCGAGAGGAGAGACAAGCGCAAGCGACGGAGAUCAUCCCGCGUGGCUCGAGUCCGCCUGCUGGAACGGGAGCGAGAGCGGAUCGAGCAAGAGAGGCAGGAAGACCUCGAGCUGGAGCAACAGCUGGAGCAGGAGCAACGCCGCCAAGCCGAACGGAUUCAGUGUGCGGCGAGAAGCCUACAGAACAAUACCCGACAGGCACAAGCCCUAUCACGCCCAGCUCAAAGAAUGCUAGACGCUAUCCAAAUACGGAUCCAGCACGAUGUCUUCAACCGCCCCUUAUCAGGCCUCAACCCCAGGGUCGAAUUUGACGAUCGCGACCGUCACCACAUCAGCGAGGCGACUGCGUUCCUGAUGCGGCUUCCGCAGGCGUUCAUCCUGGCCCGUCUCUGCAGGCUCAUCGAGGGUAAGGACUUUUUCGAGACGACGCACCUCGGGAGCACGCACCUGGGCUGCUGGGUGGUGUCGAGGCGGGCGGCGUGCGACCUGCGCAUGAAGCUGACGGACUCCGGGGAGACGCACAGCUUCUCGUUCUCCCGCCUGGCCGUGCGUCUAUGGCACGACGAGCAGUCCCUCUACAGCCUGCUGCAGCACCAGAGCCAGAAGCUCAAGGCCGGACACACCUGCCACGUGGAUGCGUGCAUGCGCCCCGACCACAUUGUCAUCGAGACCGACCGCGUUGCUGGUGAGCGCCGGAAGUGCAAGGCCCGCGGCAGGUGCUACGGCCACAAGACCGUCCACAAGGAUGGCACCAGGCAGGUGCGGAAGCCGUGUAUCUUUUUCCCGCGGGGGGUGUUUGUGAGGUAGUGGGUCUGGGUGUUGUGUUCGUGUGGACUGGUGGGCGAGGCAAGCGAUUCCUGUCCACGAGUCCCCGUCGAUUAUUCUAAAGGGGGCGAGCACAUCUGCUAUUGAUAGUGCUGCUCGUGGAUGCAUCCGUUGGCUCUCCCAUGGUCUUCCACGGUGGGCUUCCGAGCUUGCGUCAGUCAACUCAUGGCUUGACUGCACCUUAUUCCGGCCCCACAUGCCACCAUCCGAUCCGGUGUCCCUUUUGGUCUGUUCUGCUUUCAGGAAAUCCCCUGAUGUCAUCUUUGUUUUUGUUUUCCGGGACGGGAGGGGGCGGUUAUUGUUGUCGUUGUUUCAAUUGUCACCAAAAGCAUUCCAACCAGCAAAGCAGCAGACAUGGGCAUCCGGCUCCGGGAAGGGACACAAAAGCUCUCACUGUAAUGUAUUCAUGAAGUUAUCAGGCAAAAUUUCACAGUAUUGGUAGUCAAAACGCG